AUGACACGUUCCAACACCGACGGGUCCAUGACCCCCUCCAAGCAGGAGGGCAACUUGGUCUCUGCUACCCACCCACCGCUUGCCAAGCGACGUUUCGGUUCCACGUCGCUCACUGAAGAUCUUCAGCGGCAUUGGCGUGUCUACCUUCUUGGUAUCUGCGCUUCCUUCGGAGGUCUACUGUUCGGUUGGGACACGGGCCUCAUAGGCGGCGUUCUCAACAUGGCUGCCUUUCAAAAUGAUUUUGGCCUCAAAAACAAUCCAUCCAAGCUAGCAGCGCUCAAGGGUAACAUUGUAUCCGUCUUGCAAGCUGGCUGCUUUUUCGGCGCCGCUUCCAGUUUCUACCUGCCCCACCGAUUCGGUCGUCGCAACGCCAUGUUGAUCUCUGCUGCCGUCUUCCUGGUCGGCUCCAUCAUACAAACCACCUGCCGCCUUCAUGGACAAAGCGCGACUUCCGCUUUGAACCAGCUCUACGUCGGACGUGUCAUCGGUGGAUUCGGUGUCGGACUCGCCUCUUCGGUCGUGCCCACUUAUCUUUCUGAGUGCGCGCCUCGCUCGAUUCGGGGUCGACUUGCUGGCAUGUACCAGCUGCUGAUUGUCACUGGUAUCUGCAUCGCCUACUUUGUCAACUACGGCAUGGUCCAGAACUAUCCCGACCAGCAUUCGAGCGCUAUGUGGCAGGUGCCUUUUGCUCUGCAGUGUCUGCCCGGUUUUCUUUUCGUCGUAACCCUUUUCUUUCAGCCAGAGUCUCCGCGUUGGCUCGUCGAGCAGGGCAGAAGUGAAGAAGCUCAUCGCGCCCUCGCUCGCAUCAAUCGUACUCCUAUCGACGAUCCAAGCGUCGUGGCAAUUCUCCAAGAAAUCCAAAAUGAUCUCCAAGGAAAACAAGGCCUCUCCAUCCGUCAACAAGUCCGGAUGGCCUUCGCCGAAAGAGUCACAACAUAUCGAGUCUUUACCGGCGCCCUUCUUAUGUUUUUUCAGCAGUUCACGGGCACUAAUAGCAUUAAUUACUAUUCACCCCAAAUCUUUGCCAGCCUUGGCGUCACUGGUCAGUCUAGCGGUCUUCUGGCGACGGGAGUCUAUGGUGUCGUCAAAAUCGUAACCACCGGUCUUUUUAUGGUAGUGGCGAUCGAGCAGCUUGGCCGCAAGUGGUGUCUCAUCACUGGCGGCAUUGUUCAAGUAUUUUGCCUCUUUUGGAUUGCAAUCUACCAGGCCGUCCGUCCCAGCGGAACGCCUGUUGACGGUGUCGGCUACCUGACCAUUGCCAUGAUCUAUCUCUUUGUAGUUGGAUAUGGUCUCGGAUGGUCUUCGGUCACUUGGGCUGUAAGUGCAGAAAUUGCGCCGAAUCAGCUUCGUGCGUUGGCCAUGUCGGCAGCUACUAUGAGCCAGUGGUUCUUCAACUUUGUCAUUGCACUCAUCACGCCUCGGGCGCUCGAACACAUCAAGUUCGGCACCUUCAUCCUUUUCGCCGUUGUCACAUCGGUCGCGGUGCUCUGGGCAGCGUUUUUCCUGCCCGAGACUAGCGGUGUCUCUCUGGAACUCAUGCACAGAGUGUUCCAAGGCAACAUCAUCACUAGGUCGAUCCAGGAUUUGUCACCAAAGAAGAGAAAGGCCUUCCGCGACAGGUUGAUGGCUGAAGCGGAUGGUACGAUUGAUCAAGGAACCAACCCAGGUGUCAAUCAAGAGCAGACCGCCUCGGCUGACGUUGCUACGCUGGACAGGGUGCCGUCAAAGCUUCCCAAGGGUGGCGAGGACGGCAUCCUCAAUACGUCGGAUGCGGUCUCGUCUGACAACGACCAUGGCAAGAGGUGA